GCCCUGAGGAAGACGUGUUGGGGAUUCUUCGGAGGAUAUCCCUCCAGCCACUCAGAACUUCAUCAUUCCAAAAAAGGAGAUCCACACAGUUCCAGACAUGGGCAAAUGGAAGCGUUCUCAGGCAUAUGCUGACUACAUCGGAUUCAUCCUCACGCUCAACGAAGGUGUGAAGGGGAAGAAGCUGACCUUUGAGUACAAAGUCUCUGAGGCCAUUGAGAAACUGGUCACCCUUCUCAACACGCUGGACAGGUGGAUUGAUGAGACCCCUCCGGUGGACCAGCCCUCUCGAUUUGGGAACAAGGCCUACAGGACCUGGUAUGCCAAACUCGACGAGGAAGCGGAAAACUUGGUGGCCACAGUGGUCCCCACCCAUCUGGCCGCUGCCGUGCCUGAGGUGGCCGUUUACCUGAAGGAGUCAGUGGGGAACUCGACGCGCAUCGACUACGGCACUGGACAUGAAGCAGCCUUUGCUGCUUUCCUCUGCUGCCUCUGCAAGAUCGGGGUGCUCCGGGUAGACGACCAAAUAGCCAUAGUCUUCAAGGUGUUCGAUCGGUACCUGGAGGUUAUGCGUAAACUCCAGAAGACAUACAGAAUGGAGCCAGCCGGCAGCCAGGGAGUGUGGGGCCUGGACGACUUUCAGUUUCUGCCCUUCAUCUGGGGCAGCUCGCAGCUGAUAGACCACCCGUAUUUGGAGCCCAGGCACUUUGUCGAUGAGAAGGCUGUGAAUGAGAACCACAAGGACUACAUGUUCCUGGAAUGUAUCCUGUUUAUCACUGAGAUGAAGACAGGCCCCUUUGCAGAGCACUCCAACCAGCUGUGGAACAUCAGCGCUGUGCCCUCCUGGUCCAAAGUGAACCAGGGUCUGAUCCGUAUGUACAAGGCCGAGGUGAGAAGGGCUGGUCCUGGGACUGCUGACCCCACCCCCUCUGCUGCUUGGCUCCGAAUCUUGGGCCAGCCCCUCUGACACUGCAGGCCUCGG